AUGGAGAAGUACAUCAAAGACUCCCUGCAGGCCAAGCUAUUCCACCUGUCUUCCUCUUUGCUAGAUAAAAUAAAAAAAAUAAUUGAUAUUAUUAAGGCUUCCACCUCCAAAGUUAUUGUAGCAUUUGUCGCAGCCACAGAUAUGAAUGUGCUAAUACAGGAGCUAUCUUACUACAAUUUGACCGGGUACCAGUGGGUAGGAAGUGAGAGCUGGAUUAUUGAUUUCAAGACAAAAGAAAUGGAUACACAUCACAUUCUGAAUGGUGCCAUAGGCCUGUUCAUCCCCAAAGCACAUGUCAAUGGCAUGAGAGAGUUCAUAUUAGAUGUGAUGGCUCUCAAUUCAUCUAGUAAUAAAUUGUUUACUCAGUUCUGGGAGACUUUAUUUAACUGUAAGUUCAAACAGUCAAAUUCAUCAGCAGAGAAUCAGACAGAAUGUACUGGACAUGAAGAUCUGACUGGAGUGCAAAACACUUUCACUGAUAUGUCAUUCAUGCCUAAACUUAACAAUGCCUAUAAAGGAGUGUAUGCUGUGGCACAUGCACUUCAUAAUAUUCUUGGAUGUAAUGAAACAUGUAACAACAAUGUGCAACUAGAUCCACUCACAAUUUUACAGCACAUAAAAAAGAUUCAUUUCAAAACCAAGGAAGGAGAUGAGGUUUACUUUAAUGAGAAUGGAGACCCACCUGCAAAGUAUGAAAUUAUAAACUGGCAGCCAACAAAAAAUGGCAUUGUGGACUUUGUCACAGUUGGCCUUUAUGAUGCUUAUUUGCCUGCAGACAAACAGCUGAGUCUGCAAAGGAAAUAUUUAAUUUGGGCAGAGAACUCAAACCAGGUGCCUGUGUCAGUUUGCAGUGAGAAAUGUCCCCCAGGAACUCGCAAAUUUCUCCAGAAAGGAAAACCUGUCUGCUGCUAUGACUGUAUCAGAUGUGCAGAGGGAGAAAUAAGCGACAUGACAGGUGUAGGCAUCCCUAAUACCCAGGGGGCCCAUGUCCCAGGUUCACCGGCCCCCUGGGCCCAGGAUUUCCCUGCUGCUCCUGGUCAUACCUAA